UUCAGUAACACUCCGUAGGUUGAGGCGUGUGGAGGGCGAGGCCGCGGCCCGGUGGGUGCAAGGGAAGACUAAGAAGGCCAGCAGCGAGCCAAAGUGCCCCUCAGCGGAAGCCUGUCACCGUCAUGGCAAGGGACGUGAAGAGUAAGCUGUCCAAGAAUCUGCUGCGCAUGAAGUUCAUGCAAAGGGGCUUGGAUUCAGAAACCAAAAAGCAGCUUGAAGAGGAGGAAAAGAAAAUAAUCAGCAAGGAACAUUGGUUCCUGGAUCUGCCGGAGCUAAAGGAAAAGGAGAGCUUUAUUAUAGAAGAAAGAAGCUUUGUGCCAUGUGAAGACCUCCUGUAUGGCAGAAUGUCAUUUAAAGGUUUCAACCCUGAAGUCGAGAAGUUAAUGAUCCAGAUGAACUCAAAGUACAAGACAGAAGAAAUCGAAGAGGAAGAUAAUGCAAUGGAAGCUGAUGUAUCGGAUGAAGAAAUGGCCAGAAGGUACGAAACUUUAGUGGGAACUAUUGGGAAGAAAUUCUUAAAGAAGAGGAACCGGCACAUGGUGGAAGACACAGAAGAGGAUGAAAACAGCAACACGAGGCCUACCAAAGAAAAGAGAAUGUUUUUGAAACCUCAAGAUUAAAUCACUUGGAUGCUUUCUGUGCCCUUUAGACUGUGGAAAUCUUAUUUUGGACUAUGGUAAAAUGAGUUAUUUUUAUAAAUCCCUGGAUCUCUUCGCGCCUCUGGGACUGAUGCAUUUUUUAUUUUUAUGUUUUGGAGUUGGGAGCUACAUAAAUGAACAUUAUACAUAUACUCUUGAUCUCUGUACAGUUUUUAGCAAAGGCAUUUAAGAGCACAAGCACUGACUGAGCACUGCAUGAAGCAGACAGGUUGUCACAUGUGGCUGAGGACAGCUUUAGAUUAUGAAUCUUAACUGCAUGCAGAGUGUGUCAAAGCCAGGUGAGUUGCAACCCUGUUAUAAGAUAGUGAUUAUCCUAUAUAAUAAAGUGCAAGUGUCUCUGCGUCCAGUAUUCCCCGUGUCCCUGGGUUUGCGCUACUGCGCAUGUGCCCCACGGACACAGGGAUUGGACGCAGAGACUUGACGCGCGCACACGCACGCUCUCCGCACCCCCCCCACCCCUCUGCCUACCGUUUCCCUCUCAGUCCUCAGAAGAAUCGCGGCCUUCUCCUGGGUGCCCGCUGGCCAGCUGGGCUCAGCGGAGUGCCCCGGCGAAGCGGCGGCCGUGGGAGGGGCCAGCCGGCCCCCCCACGCGCCACCGCCGCUGAAAAAGGCCGAAUGUUCUAGCGCCCGUUUAGUAAACGGGCUGAAUGACACUAGUAUAUAUGUAUACACACACUUUCUUUAUACAUAUUGCUAGGGAGUUGCUGAGGAAGUAUAUUUCUUUUUUUAAAAUGGUUUAUUUAUGUAAUUGAUUUAUGUCCUUGGAAAAAAAUUUAUUGGUCUAUUUUUAAUUUUCUAGGGUGGUUUGAAGGUGCUCACCCCAAUACUUUUGCCUGUUUAAAACUGUGACCCGUAAAAGAGAGGAGGGAAGGCAGAGCCACCUGUUCUUGUAGCUUCACAUCUCAAUAAAUUUAUUUGGGCCAAUG